CUGGUCGUCCAUGAGCCCAGGCGAUGGGCAGCCUGUGGCGCCUGUUACCGGGCCGCUGCCGCCUCCUCCUGGUGGCACACCGCCUCCCGGGCCCGUCUUGCUACCCCUUCGCCGCCCGGACACAGCUGCAGGUCCGGAGGGGGACGCAGGGCCCGCGGAGAUGGGGCCACAGCCGCCAGGACUACCCGAGGGAAUGUGAGGAAGGCAUCAACAGACAGAUCAACCAGGAGCUCACCGCCUCCUACGUCUACCUGUCCAUGUCGUACUACUUUGACCGGGAAGAUGUUGCUUUGCGGAACUUUGCCAAGUUCUACUUGGAGCAGUCACUUGAGGAACAGAAACAUGCGGAGAUGCUGAUGAAGUUUCAGAAUCAGCGUGGUGGCCAUAUCAUCUUCUCGGACAUCAAGAAACCCAGCCGGGAUGAAUGGGGCAAUGGCUUGGAAGCGAUGGAGCAGGCCCUGGAGCUGGAGAAAACGGUGAACCAAUCUAUCCUGAAUCUACACAAAGUGGCAUCCGAGCAGAAAGAUCUCGUUCUAUGCGAGUUCCUGGAAUCAAACUACUUGAAUGAACAAAUUGAGGCCAUUAGGAUGUUGGGAGACCACAUCACCAACCUGAAGCGUUUGGGAGCUCCUGAGAAUGGCAUGGGAGAGUACCUGUUCGACAAGCACACGCUGGGGGAAGGCAGCUAACAGCUGAGGGCAUUUGGCCAUCCUAGGCCAUUAGGGCAUAGCCUGUGUCUGUUAAGCCCACCCUUUCCUCAUGUUCUGCCAGCUCAUCAUCCUGACCAGCCAGAAGGGAAUCCAUUGCUAAAUUGAGCAGUAGAUUCUGUUAUCCCAUGUGUUACGUUAUAGCACUGUUAUUGCUGGAAUCGUUAUGAUAAAUGGAGUGUGGCAUUAAAGCAAAUCUGUUUGGACAACAGUAAUCCAUUCAACAAGUACUCUGGAAAGAACACACUUUGCAAUCUGUUCCCAAAUAAAAGUGGUUAAGUCUC